AUGAGGGCGGUGCUGGCGGCCUACCUGGGUGUCUCCGCGCACGUCGGCCAGCCCGGGCCGCAGUGGAGCUGCGGGCGGCUAGUCACCCACGUCACCAACAAGGGGGCCACCGUAAAACAGAACCUCGAGGCGUCGAAGCACGGCCCUGAGGCGUUCAACCGCAACGACGCGUUCGAGAUGCACAACGAUUCCUGCGCGGACGUGCUGGGCCUGCUGUGCAUCCGCCAGGCCAAGGAGGGCGGGGAGAGCGCCUUCUGCUCCGCGCUGGCCGUCUACAACGAGAUGCUGCGCCGCGGCCGCCUCGACCUCGUCGCCGUCCUCGCGGGUGCAGGCUUCUACCGGGAUAAGAGCCGCUUCCACCAGGAGAUCCUGCCCGGCACCUCGCCCCUCUGGGAGAUGCCCGUAUGGUCGUGGGCCAAUGGCUACCUCACUACCAGCUACAACGCCAACCUCAACAAGCAGUGCGAGGAGCGCUACCCCGAGCUGGCGGGCAAGCUGUCUCCCCUGCAGAAGGAGGCAAUGGAGGUUUUCAAUGAGAUCGCAAACAGCGACGCCCUGAAGCUCGGCAUCCGCCUGCAGCGCGGCGAUGUGGCCAUGAUCAACAACAUCAACGACUCGCCGCACGCGCUGCCCAAGCACCUCACGUUCCCCCGCUCGUACUCCCUGGGCACGGUGGCGAUCGAGGCGGCGCGCAACCAGGACGGGCUUUUCAAGAUGCUCCCAACGUCCGCGCUGUACGUGCCGCUGUCCACUGGCGAGCGCGCGCAGUGA